GUAGAAACAUAAGUACUGCCCAAAAUUUGUCUGCUUCUUGAUCCCCCACUUUCUGCUAACAUGCCCGCUGCAAAACGCUCACUUUCCAAGACACGCUCCACCAUAGAUGAAAGUCAGACUAAAAAGCCAAAAAGGUCCACCAUGAACAAUGACACGCUCUCUGAUUUGUCGAACAAAGAGAUUGAUCCAGCUGAUACAUAUACCAUGCUUAAUGUGCCAUCUAACAUGUCAGACGAAUAGACUCACAGUUUACUUUUGUCAGAGUUAGUCCUUUUUUUUUGGCUUGUUAGUUAUCUUCAACUUGUCAAUGUCAUCCCCGUUACCACUUGAUAGAAACAAUCUCUCCUCUGAUAACCUUUACCUCAACAAGGAUGAACCUGUUAAUCAUGUUGGUAAUCAUAGCAAUAACAGCACAGAAAACAAUGUCAACUAUGCAGGCGACAACACUACUGCUGUGCAACAAAGUGAACACAUCCUCCUUGAUACAUCAAUUCUGCGAGGUCUGCCUAUAAACACUGUUCGACGUAUUGAAGCUUUUGCAAAUUUCUCCGAUCCUGAAAUCUUGACAUACAGCAUUGACAAGUUACCACCCGUCAUUUCUUGGGGCAAGACCAAGCAUAAGAAAAAUUGGUCCUACUAUAUUUGUGAUAUUGGUUAUCCGGAGGCGGCCCUGAUGGUGCUCCCAAGGCACACGUUAACAUAGCUGUACAGCCAUUUGGUAUU